ACUACUCGCCCACAUUCUUUUUAAACUUAACACUGUCCAGAUUUGCAGAAUGCAGAUGUUGCUCUUUUGUGAUAUUUUCGUUUCCGCGGUAGCCUACCAUUAUUUCCGUUUCCACUUUAGGGGGUAGGGGAGAGAGACACGCACACAUAGUACAUACACACACGUCGCGAGUUCAUCUGUGUGCGAGUUUUUUUCCCCCCUCUCCACUCCCUCCAUAGUCCGCUGUCAACUCAGCUGCAGGAGAGGAGUGAGACUUUUUUCCAUUGGAGUGGGGCAGUUGUAUGCAUCAGCGGCAGCGCAAUGGGGGACAUCGAAGCCCCGGGAUCCACCGGAUCACGGCAUGCAAUAUUCUCCAUUCUUCCCAGCAAAGAGUUUGUUACAUCUCGGAAAGGAACUCUUCUCAUCGGCGAAGUGGUGUUGUCGUUUAUAGACUUCGUGUGUUUCGUGGCCUCGUCGGCGGCUGCGUUCGUGACGGCUCCUCUAAUCGAGUUCCUCGCCGCCCUCUUCAUCCUCUUCGCUUACUCCACCAAGAUCAACGAGCGCUUCAAAGGCUUUCACUGGCCCCUGAUGGACUUCCUGAGGUGUGUGAGCGCCUCCAUCAUCUUCUUCAUCAUCUCCAUCAUCUCAGCCUACAAGUACGCUGACGGAGCAUCCAAAGCCGCUGCCGUAUUUGGCUUCAUUGCCACCAUCUUCUUUGCCCUGGACUUCUACCUGAUCUUCAACGACCUUGCCGAAUACCUGAAGGGCGGAGCAGGCCCUGACGCCACGGACGACCCCCCCACCCCUCCAGAUGACUCAGACUCCGAUUCCGACUGAAGAAGAGGGAGGGGGCUUUACCAGAAAGUGGCUGACUGGCCUGAGGCGUCCACACCAGUGCCUGACUGAAAAGGACAAAAGACCCCUGAUCUGAUAUCUGACUGUGUGUGCGUGACUUGUGUGUGUGUGACCUGAUCUCUCGGCUCUAGAGAAGAACACUGAGCCCCACCUCCCCUCACAUGGAUGCCAAAAGCAGGAAUAUAAUACUCCCACUUGGACUCUUUAUUUCUCUCUCUCUCUCUCUCUCUCUCUCUCUCUCUCUCUCUCUCUCUCUCUCUCUCUCUCUUUCUCUCUCUCCUGAUGGAAGGUUCGGCCUCUGGCACAGAAAAUGCGGAGCCAUGGAAUUCAGAGUUGCACAACCAGGGUGCAGGAAGUCGAUUGGUGACAUGAUUCACAGAGAUUCAAAUCAUUCUAGACUAACACAGAACCACUACAUAACAAGCAAAGAUGAGGUAAAAAAAAUACUUAAAAUGAAUGACAUUUACCUUUGCUGCACUUUCAGUGUUUGAUGCUCACUUCCUGGAGCUGCUUUGGAACUAUGGCUGUAUCUCAAAGUCAAGGAUGCUGGCCUUGAAACGCCCAGUGAUUGGAAUACUCUUUAGUGAACUCCACGGAGUAUAUCCAGUCCCUGGGCGUUUCAACGUCCUAGCAAGGCAAGGAUCCUUGACUUUGAGAUACAGCCAUUGUCAGUGGCGAUCUGUGUGUCAAAGGCUCCAUGAGGCUCCUGUGUGUCAAAGGCUCCUUGUUGUGUAAAAGUGGAAGACGGAGGUGAAUGGGAUUAGCCUGACUCUUACUGCCAUUGCUCUGAGAAAGUGUAUGUGGCACAGCCCCUUAUUCAUGACAACUCCUUCUGUGUGUGUGUGUGUGUGUGUGUGUGUGUGUGUGUGUGUGUGUGUGUGUGUGUGUGUGUGUGUGUGUGUGUGUGUGUGUGUGUGUGUGUGUGUGUGUGUGUGUGUGUGUCUGUGUGUGUGCACGUGCUCCAUGCACAUCUGAGGCUAUGAAUGUCUUGCAGUAUUUUUCCCGGGCUUGCCCUGAAUUUGUUGUUUACUUUUUUUAGUACUGAAUCCAAGAGUUUUACUAUAGUAAAACAGUGUGUGUGUGUGCGUGUGUGUGAGAGUUUAUCGUACAUUAAGUAUGGACAUAUUUGUGUUUUUAACAAUAUUCAACAAUUGGGAGAUAUGUUUUCAUAUUGUCACAUUAUAGAUUGUAGUAAGCUAGAUUGUAGCAAGUAGAUUGGGAAAGGUUGGGAAAUAGCGGAUCAUGGCCGUUUCCUAUUGUCUAGUGUGCGUCCUUCGAAGUGUGUCAGCCUUCGUAAUCACGGCCAGUGGUUGGAUACUCUUUGGUGAACUAUGUAUCCAAUCACUGAGCGUGAGCGUGACUAAUAAUGCGGACACACUACCAAAGCUCAUACACUUCACAUUGGGAAACAGUGCAUGUCUUGGUGCCCUCUCUCUCUCAUGUUUGCAUUUGAAGCCUUUGCUAGCCGUAGCUAUAGCUCUCAGACAGACCAGCUUCCCUAGCUUUCUUUGUAUGUACACUAGGGCUGUAACUUUAUUGGAUCGAACCAAGAAAUCGCGAUACUCAGAGUCACGGUACUGUAUCGUGAUGUAAAUCGGCAGUAUCAUAAUCCGCCCUUUCAAAGUUUUGUUAUCAUUCAGUCCAGAAAACAGAUUUGAUGUGAUGGUGCUUCCAACCUUCAAAUGAGAUACAUUUCAGAAAUCGUGGGGUGCAUCGAACCGCAAGUCAAAAAUCGUGAUAUAACCGAAUCCUGAGUUGAGUGUAUCAUUACAGCCCUAAUGUACACAGACAUACCUAAGGCAGCAGAGUGAAACUAAGAGCACCACUUUAGAGAGAUGAAGACAUUUCCUUUAAAGGUAGUCAGUCCCUCUUCUGCCCUGGAGCUGCACUGCACCAUAGGCACAGCAAGGGACAAGACCUGGGAGACAGACCAUGAACACAGUGGAGGAACCGUUUACAAUCAACACUGUUAAACAUCUUGAGCUGGCUCAACUUGCAACUUUAAAGUCCAACCAGUUGACUCAAAAAGACACAUUAACUGGAUUUGAGGUUUCAACUCGGAAAUGAACUCAACUUCAGGUUUAUUACGCCAGCUUGUUUGAGUGUUAAUUCAACACGAACUAAAUGACAGGAAACUAGUUGGCAAGAGCUGGUCAACAGGGACAACUCUACGGUAUAUGUUGUGUCUUUUAGAAUCCUUGGCAGCAGUUUAGAGAGUAUGGGAACUCCAUGCGAUGUUUCAAAGUGAGAGGUCAGCACACUUAAAAUCCUUUUUGUUUUCUUUU